AAGCACUGAUGUCACUGAGGUCUCUUAGUAAGCGGUUCCCUGGGCUGGAGGUGCACCCAGGCCUCCUAGGCUCUGCGCACAUCUGGCUCUCCCCCCAAGCCCUCCCCACACUGCAGCUGCUGAGCACUCCUUAAGUGGAUCUGCCAUAAUCCUCUUCCCUUCAUCCCCGAGGGAGGAUGAGCUGGUGUUAAGACUAAUGCAGCUGUUAAUCCUAUUUCCUCCAGCCAUGAUCCCCAGGAGCAGCUGGGUGGAGGGUGGCUGGGCUCUGGACCAGAAAGUAGGCACCUCAGCCAGAGCUGGGGGCCUGUGAGGCUACACUAGAGCACCUACAGCGACCAUGCACCAGAAAGAGGCUUCUAACCGCUAGCAGUGGCUCAGGCUGCCUUGAGAUAGAACAAACGCCCCAUUACUAGUCUUACAGGAACAGUCCAAGAGAGAGAUUCCAGAGCAGAGGGUGGACCGGGAUUCCUGUCUGGGGUGGAGUCACUUACAGCUGUGCAAGGCCAGAGUUCUGCCUGAGCAGUUGCUGUCUCAGGGAGCCAACCACCAGAGGGGAAAGAUAAGAUGCAGAUGCUAGGGACCCCUUCCAGGCAGUGCCAACCACAUUUAGCCUAUUGGCUCCGCCCUCUUCUGGACCCGGUCUGAAUGCCCUGGGCGCUUGGAGACCUUCAGGCCUGGCCCAUAGCUGGGUGCCCUGUGCCUCUGCAGCCUGGCACAGGACCGUGUGUCCUGGCACAGUCCUUGGACACUGAGCUGAAGCAGCAAGAUGAUGCGAUGGAUGGAACCUGGCCCUCUGGGAACGCCAGAGUUUGGAAACAUGUGGAGCUUGGGGACCGUUUAACCUCUCUCAAGUCCUCUGGCCCAGCUCCUUUGACCAUUGAACAACAACGGAUCAGAGAAGAAAUGUGAGCACAGCUGACAGAUUCAGGAAUGCUUCCCAGAAAGGAGAGAAGCCCCGCCCACCAAGGUCAUGGAGGUGGAGGCUUCGGAGCCCCGGUCUCCCACUCCUGGCUACAAGCGCUCAGGCCGGCGCUACAAAUGCCUGUCCUGCACCAAGACGUUUCCAAACGCUCCCAGGGCAGCGCGCCAUGCUGCCACACAUGGGCCUUCGGACUGCGCGGAGGAGGCUGCCGAGGGGAAGCCAAAGCCAGAGACAGAACCCAAGGCGGAGGAAGCCAGUGGGGACAAGGUGUCAGGGUCAGCGGCUAAGCCUCGGCCUUAUGCGUGCCCACUGUGCCCCAAGGCUUAUAAGACGGCCCCCGAGCUGCGCAGCCACGGGCGCAGCCACACCGGCGAGAAGCCCUUCCCGUGCCCCGAGUGUGGCCGCCGCUUCAUGCAGCCCGUGUGCCUGCGCGUGCACCUGGCCUCGCACGCAGGGGAGCUGCCCUUCCGCUGCGCGCACUGCCCCAAGGCCUAUGGUGCGCUCUCCAAGCUCAAGAUCCACCAGCGCGGCCACACCGGCGAGCGACCCUACGCCUGCGCUGACUGCGGCAAGAGCUUCGCUGACCCCUCAGUGUUCCGCAAGCACCGGCGCACACACGCCGGCCUGAGGCCCUACGGCUGCGAGCGCUGCGGCAAAGCCUACGCCGAGCUCAAGGACCUGCGCAACCAUGAGCGGUCCCACACCGGCGAGCGCCCCUUCCUCUGCUCUGAGUGCGGGAAGAGCUUCUCCCGCUCGUCGUCGCUCACCUGCCACCAGCGCAUCCACGCGGCGCAGAAGCCCUAUCGCUGCCCGGCCUGCGGCAAGGGCUUCACGCAGCUCAGCUCCUACCAGAGCCACGAGCGCACUCACUCCGGGGAGAAGCCCUUCCUGUGCCCGCGCUGCGGCCGCAUGUUCUCCGACCCCUCGAGCUUCCGGCGCCACCAGCGCGCGCACGAGGGCGUGAAGCCGUACCGCUGCGAGAAGUGCGGCAAGGACUUCCGGCAGCCCGCUGACCUGGCCAUGCACCGGCGCGUGCACACGGGCGACCGGCCCUUCAAGUGCCUGCAGUGCGACAAGACGUUCGUGGCGUCCUGGGACCUCAAGCGGCACGCGCUGGUGCACUCGGGCCAGCGGCCCUUCCGCUGCGAGGAGUGCGGGCGAGCCUUCGCCGAGCGCGCCAGCCUCACCAAGCACAGCCGCGUGCACUCCGGGGAGCGCCCGUUCCACUGCAACGCCUGCGGCAAGUCGUUCGUGGUGUCAUCGAGCCUGCGGAAGCACGAGCGGACCCAUCGGAGCAGCGAGGCGGCGGGGGCUCCCCCGCAGCAGGAGCUGGUCGUGGGGCUGGCGCUGCCUGUCGGCGUGGCUGGCGAGGGCUCGGCCGCCCCGGCAGCAGGUACAGGGCUAGGGGACCCUCCGGCGGGGCUGCUGGGGCUGCCGCCGGAGUCCGGCGGUGUGAUGGCCACCCAGUGGCAAGUGGUAGGUAUGACAGUGGAGCACGUGGAGUGCCAGGAUGCUGCGGUCGGGGAGGCUCCAGGUCCCUUGGGAGGGGCAGGCGAGGUGGGGGGUGAGGAGGCCGACGAGAAGCCGCCGCAGUUUGCGUGCCGCGAGUGCAAGGAGAGCUUCGCCACGAUGACCUUGCUGCGGCGGCACGAGCGCUCCCACCCGGAGCUGCGGCCCUUUCCCUGCAGCCAGUGCGGGAAGAGCUUCUCAGACCGUGCUGGGCUGCGCAAACACAGCCGCACCCACAGCUCCGUGCGCCCUUAUACCUGCCCCCACUGCCCCAAGGCCUUCCUGAGCGCCAGCGACCUACGCAAGCAUGAACGCACCCACCCUGUGCCCCUGGGGACCCCCACGCCCCUGGAGCCCCUGGUGGCUUUGCUAGGAAUGCCUGAGGAGGGGCCAGCCUGAAGCCCACAGCCCCCUCCACCGCACCCCUAGGAGCCUGGUCCCCACAGGGUGCCUGCUCAAUCUCCUUGUGCCCCGGCUCGCGCUUUAGACUCCACGCUCCCAGGCAUCUGGCCCAGCUGUCUCCCAACAGAGCCACAGCCACAGCUGGCAGCCGCUGAGACAGGGCUCUCGCCGAGUAUCGCGCAUUAAAGCUUGCACUGGACACUGGGCAGUCUGCCGCGUUUGGUUGGGAAGGAGCAGGUGGAAGUUGCGAGACCCCCCCCCCCCCACACACACACGGAUGCGUCCUUUCCCAGAGUAUGUCCCGGGAUGACAAAGGGUUCCAUGGCCUCUACGUGCAGGAAAUUCCCUAUGCCCUUCUUGGGGAUUCUGCAAUGAACAGAUCUGCUUAGCUGUGUUUAGCCCAGACUUACUUGACCAUGGAAAUCUUUCUACUGAGUAAUUCUACUUCUGACCCCUCUCCCUGUCAUGCACACUGCAGCAAAAACAUCGGGAAGCACAGUCAAAGGAAAAAAGGUUCCCACGCACAACCAGAAAACCCCACACAGGAGAUACACCUCACGAGAAAUGUGCAAAUUGUUUAUGAAAGAAAAUGAAAUGUCAGAGAGACCUUACCUGAAGGGUAAGACCUGAACCAGGAGACUCGUUAUGAAAAGAUGUUGAUUCUCUGAACGGGACUCAAAGAUUCAGAGUUCGUAUGCAAUAGAUAUUUCUAAGGACAGAUGUGAUGUUUCAAGGUAUGCGUUUAGCAUGCUAGGUAAUGGAAUGCUAAAAGCCUUGGCGUAAAGAUAGGAUAUUAUUGGCAAAAGAAUAAGUCAGUAGAAUGUUAGAGGCAUCUAGAACAACUCUGAAUACUCCUGUGAAUUUACGAUACAUAUGAUUGUCUGCAUCCAUGGGAGAAGAAGACCCCUACAUAGUUCCCCCUGUGUAUCCAUUCUCUGGAGAGCUACACAGCUGUUACACAGUCACUUCUCAAAGACCCACCAAAAAUGGAAAAGCAGAAAAGGAGGCUCUCUGCUCAGUGUAAACUGGUACAGCCUCCUGGAAAAAUUAUUAGAUGAUACUUAGCAAAAAAAAAAGUUGAAUGUAUAAACCCUUUGACCCAGCAAGUAGGCCUUGGGAUUUACACCACAGAUUUCCCUUCCUAUCUUUGGAAAAGUUGAAGGCAGCAGAAUGUCCAGUGUGACAAACUCUGGUAAGAAAGCACUGGGGGCCGGCGCCGCAGCUCACUAGGCUAAUCCUCUGCCUGCGGCACCGGCACACCGGGUUCUAGUCCUGGUCGGGGCACCGGAUUCUGUCCCGGUUGCUCCUCUUCCAGGCCAGCUCUCUGCUGUGGCCUGGGAGUGCAGUGGAGGAUGGCCCAAGUGCUUGGGCCCUGCACCCGCAUGGGAGACCAGGAGGAAGCACCUGGCUCCUGCCUUCGGAUCAGCGCAGUGCGCCAGCCGCAGUGCGCCGGCCGCAGCGGCCAUUGGAGGGUGAACCAAUGGCAAAGGAAGACCUUUCUUUCUGUCUCUCUCUCACUAUCCACUCUGCCUGUCAAAAAAAAAGAAGAAGAAGAAGAAAGUACUGGGAACACUCAAUGUCCACUGGGAGAGGACUGAUUUAAAAAAGACCGGCCACUGUGAAAUGUACUCUUCAGCCUUUCUUCCUUCCUUCCCUCCUUUCCUUUUCAGUAAGGCCUAUCUAUGUUGAAAUUAUCCACAAAAUAAAUCAGAUGAUACAAACGAGAGGCACAAAGCUGUGUGGUUAGUGUGCCGCCCUUUGGACCAAAUCACUUAAGAGCUCAAAUUCCUAUAGAAUAUUUCUAGGAGAAUACUCAAGAAUUGAUUCCAGGUUAUAAUUUCCAACCGCUAGGACCUUCCCCCAACCCAAAACAAAGCCAAAGGUCAGAGUGGACCAGAACCUCAUUUCUGUUCCCAUCAAGACUGGGCCAUGGCAGGAAAUGAGCAGCAUGUAACUCAUCUCCAGCCCCACCGGCUGCUCCUGGGGACUCUGAACACACAGCCCAGUCGGUGGUCAGCACCAGAAGCCGAUGCCCCCCUUGAUGGCAGGGGUCUCUGCAUUGUCGUGCCCAGGCCCUCAGAUACUAGCCUUGAAAGAGGCCAUGGCUGCGGACCCCAGCAGAACAAGGCCCAUGGGCAGUGGCAGGGCUGGAGUAUUAUGGCUACAGGGAGAGAGUAUCCCUGCUCCUUAUACCCAGAGCAGGAUGAGCACUGACCCCUGGCUCCUACCUGUCCAGGUUGGCAGAAAGAAACGGAGCAGACUAGAAGACUGGAAGGAGGCGGGCUCUGAACAGGAUGGUUUAAUUUAGGGGUAAGGAGGCACCUUGGAAAAGUUGGUCCUGGGAUACCAUAUACACUAACCAAUGAUACCCUUGAGUAUCUGGUGACAUCCCAUGGUCUCCUUGGGCAUUCCAGGCAGCCACACCUGAGUCCACGCUCGCUGAGGCUCCCACACAGCUUUACAGGAUACGUCUUACGUACUGUACAGUUGGGUUAUGCAACCAUCACCAUCUAGUUCUGGAACAUGUUCAUCCCCUUAAAAGAAACUCCAUGCCUGUGAGCUCACUCCCUAUCCGCCCCACCCCCCACCCUCUGUCCUAACUGCUCAGCUCUGGUCACUCACUGAUCUACUUUCUGUCUGGACUUUUCUGUUCUGGACAUUUCAAGUAAGUGGAAUCAAACAAUAUGUGGAUUUUUGUGACUCAGUUUUACUUACCAUUAUGUUUCAAGGUUCCUCCAUUGGGUAGCUUGUAUUAUUACUUUUAUUAUCAAAUAAUACUGUUUUGUUUGCCCACUCAUCAGCUGGUGGACCCCUGAAAUGUUUGCAUAUUUGGCUAUUUUGUGUCAUGCUACUAGGAACAUUCAGAUAGAAACCUUUGUCUGGACCUGUUUCCAGUCCUCUGGUGUGUACUAUACUAAGUAGAAUUGCCGGCUCAUAUGGUAACUCUGUGUCAGUCCACUUGGGGAUAUUUUCCAAACCAGGUGCACCAUUCCGCAUUCCUCCCAACAGGGCGUGAGGGUUCCAGUUUCUCCACAUCCUCACCAAUACUUACUGUCAUCUGUAAGAUUCGUCGGCCAGUAUGGUGACCAUCCUGGUAGGCGUGAGUUUUGUAGCUAGGGCUUACAUUUUCCUUGAUGGCAAAUGAAGUUGAGCGUCUUUUCAUGUGCUUCCUAGCCAUCUACAUAUUCUCUUUGGAAAAAUGCCUGUGCAUUUUUUUGCCCAUUUUUAAAUUUGGUUCUCCUUUUGCUGUUGAGUGGUUAAGAGUUCAGGCGCCUUAUGAUUUGCCAAAAUCCUCGUCCCUUGUGAACUGCCUUUUUACUUUAUUGAUGGUGCUGUUUGAAGCAUGAUGUCCAGUUCCUUUUUAAAUUCUUUUUCUUAUUUUGUUGCCUGUGCUUGGGGUGCCAUGUCUAAGAAACCAUUUCCUAAUUUAAGGCCAUGAAGGUUCGUGCUUAUGUUUUCAUCUAAGAGUUCAUAGCUGAGCGUUUUAUGAGCGCUUAGAAAGUUUAUAACUUUGUUAUAAACUCUUAAGAGUUUUAAUAAACUAUGAAUGGCAUAAAGCUAAAAACUCUCACAUUUAGGUUUUUGAUCCAUUUUGAGUUAAUUUUUGUAUAUGAUUUGAGGCAGGGGGGUCUGACUUGAUUCUUUUGCAUGUGGAUAUCCAGUUGUCCCAGUUACAUUUGUUGAAAAGACUAUUCUUUCUACACUAAAUUGUCUUGACACCCUUGUUGAAAAUAAACUGUAAAUAUGAGGAAUUUUAUCUGGACUCUCAAUUUAUUAAAGAUUCUUUAAAAUUUAUUUGAAAGGCAGACAGAGAUCUUCCAUUCACUGGGCUACUCCCCAAAUGCCUACAGCAGCCAGGGCUGGAAUAAGAACCUGGGCCUCCCACAUGGGUAGCAGAGACCCAAGUACCUGACCCAUCUGCUGCCUCCCAGGUUACACAUUAUCAGGAAGCUGAAAUCAGAAGCAGAGUCAGGACUCAAACCCAGGCAGGCAUCCCAAGUGGUGUCUGAACCUCUGCCCCAAACAUUUGCCCCUGGAGUCUCAAUUUUAUUCUACCUGUCUUUA